AUGAGGAAAGCGAACUUGGGGUCCGAGAUCGAACAGAACCAGGGCAAUCUUCCAUCCCAUGUAAACCAUGGUAACGUGCGACAUGCCAUUCACGAACUGCAACAUGCAGAAGUAAAAGUCGCUCAUCAGAAUAUUGCUGCUGAUAUUCAUGAAGAACCAGGUGUAGUUGUAGACGAAAACCACCAUCAGCACGAACGACGCCGCCAACCACCGCAGGGAGAAGAAAAUGUGGCAAAAGCGUUCCAGCCACGUGGCCCGCAUGAACCACUGACAUGGCGUCAAUUCCGGAAACUCUCCGUCCUGCAUUACGUUGUUCGUCUGGAACUUGAAAACGUAGCGGAUAAGGGCACCUCUGAGCCUGAAUGGAGCAUCCGACUCGUCAGGUUCAGCGUCGCUUUGUGCGGGCGCGCUCUCGUCGACCGAUCCCGCUUCGCGUGCUUCCAAUUCUGCCUUAGCCUUUGCCUGCUUCGCAUUCUCCUCCUUCUUGCGGUAAUAGUAAAGCCAAAACGUCGCAUCGGCGUAUCUGAGAAUCUCCAUCGCUUCACCAAACAGCAAUAA